GUGGUCAGAUUAGAGUAACGCGUUACUAAGUAACGCGUUACAGACCAUCAGUGUUCACAAGGUUAUAUCAAACACAGUCAUGGACAAUCUAGUGUCUCCAAUUCACCUCACUUGCAUGUCUUUGGACUGUGGGAGGAAACCGGAGCUCCCGGAGGAAACCCACGUGGACACGGGGAGAAUAUGCAAACUCCACACAGAAAGGACCCGGACCGCCCAGGACCCAGGACCUUCUUGCUGUGAGGCGACAGUGCUACCCACGUAGCACUGGGAAAUGUUUAAGGAAAUCUCUGAAGUGUUUAUCUUGAUUCCUGCUCUAGUGGGAUUAAAAGGAAAUCUGGAGAUGACGCUGGCAUCCAGACUCUCCACCGCAGCCAACACAGGCCAGCUGGACAACCCUAAGCAGCAGAUGCUGAUUGCCUCAACCAAUCUGGCUGGAGUACAGGUUCAGGCCACAGUGAUGAGUUCUCUGGCUGCACUAGUUGCAGUAGGGUUGGGGGCAUGGAGUAAGGGCAGCGUGGACCUUCAGCAUGCCGCUGUACUGUCUGCUAGUGGUGUGACCACAGCCUUCGUUUCUGCACUCAGUUUGGGAUUGGUGAUGGUAGGGGUAAUUAUUGGAUCUCGGAAGCUAGGCAUCAAUCCUGACAAUGUGGCUACACCCAUAGCUGCCAGCCUUGGAGACAUCAUCACACUUUCACUUUUGGCAGAAAUUGGCAGCUUCUUCUACAGAUUUAAAGACAUGUGGUAUGUUCUCCUGCUGAUAUGUGCAGUGUUCUUCUUGCUUAUACCUCUCUGGCUGGUCAUUGCUUGUCGAAGUUCAUCAAUCAGAGAGUUACUGAGGUCAGGCUGGUAUCCUGUAAUCAUCGCUAUGCUAAUCAGCAGCACUGGAGGACUGAUUCUGGAUCACACUGUAACAGACCCUCGGUUUAAAGGAAUGGCCAUGUUCACGCCCAUCAUUAAUGGUGUAGGUGGGAACCUAGUGGGCAUUCAGACCAGCCGUAUUUCUACCUACCUGCACUGCAUCAGUGUGCCUGGAGUCCUACCCAUCAGCACUAAAGCGCUCUGCUCUCAUCCUGUAAUCACCUUCUGUUCCUCAGGAGUGAAUUCCAAGUCUGCCAGAGUUCUUCUGCUGCUGGUGAUUCCAGGCCACCUUCUCUUCCUUUAUACAGUCUACCUGCUGCAGGGUGGCCAUGCUGCCAUCAAUGCUACUUUCAUUUGCUACUACCUGUGUGCAGCACUACUGCAGGUGCUGAUACUGCUGUACGUGGCAGAUGUGUUGGUGCGGCUAAUUUGGCGACAUGGUCUGGACCCAGACAGUUUUGCCAUCCCCUGUCUGACUGCACUGGGAGACCUGCUGGGCACCAGCUUUCUUGCGCUGACUUUCAGAGCAACCUAAGCUGAGAUUCCUGUGACUAUGCUGAUUAAAAUAGUGCACAUGUUCAAAUACA